AGGUCGUUGAAGAUUUUCGAAAGUAGCGUUCCAUACGCUUCAUUCUGAGAAACAGAUACGGGAGUCACAAAUCUAACACAUAUUACUUGCUGUUGUAGAGUCGUCAGGGUAUCUGAGUAAUAUUUUUUCUUCUUCAACAAGUUGGUAUCAGUUGGUGGUCUUGGCUUCAUCUUACCUUCAUCUUAUCAGAUUAAGAGAGCUGAUGAAAUGGCCAAUGAAAGAGAACAAAAAAUGACUUUAAUCAAAGAAUUGCGACCAGGAAUGAAGAAUCUUCAAAUCAUAUUCAUCGUCCUUGAUAUAGAUAAGCCAACCAAGACUAAAGAUGGGCACGAGGUGAGGUCUUGUAAAGUGGCUGAUAAAACAGGAUGCAUCAAUAUGUCAUUAUGGGAUGAGCUGGGAGAAAUCGUUCAGAGUGGUGAUAUUAUCAGAUUGACUAAAGGGUAUUCUUCAAUGUACAGGAAUCAUUUGACUCUCUAUAGUGGGCAGGCUGGAAAACUUCAAAAAGUUGGAGAGUACUGUAUGAUAUUCUCAGAGACCCCCAACCUGAGUGAACCGAAUCCAGAAUUCAUUGCUCAAUCUAAAAUAAAUUUGCAAGAUGGUAGAAGCAACUCGCCUACAGGAAAUAAUCAAGGACUAGCCCAGCAGGCACCUAAUAAGCCAAGUAAUGGUGUUAGGAUGGGGAACAGUGGUGUUCCUCCUUCUGGAAAUAUGGAUCAACAACAUCAACGUCCUCCCACGCCCCCACCUGGGGGAUUCCCCCACCAAGCUAUCCGAGGAGGGAGGGGUCAUAUGCCCUCCAACAGAGGAGCCUUUUCAGGAAGAAGUCGAGGAAGGAGAGGGCGAUAGUGCAUUGCUUUUGUGAUAGGAAAAUUUGAACAAAUUUACUAGAGAGGAUUAGUUCAUCUUCAGUGACUUCAUAAAAAAAUGUGGAAACUCUGAACGUUGGUGCUGUCACACUGUCAUUGGAGUCUUGAAUACUCUUAUUUGGAACUCGGCAGUUUUGUGAAAUAUAAUAGUCUGUGGCUGCCUUCUAUAUUACGCUAUACCUCUGCAAGGAAAGACUUUAUUUUGAUACUUGAUCAAAAGUGAUUGUGACCUGAGCCAAGCUUAAACCAACUUGACAGUGGAUGCGGAACGGCUGGAGUACGGGGCUUAUCGACAAGGUAGUCUACAGCCUUUGUAGAUCAGACCCUGCAUUAUUUGUUAGACUGAAUAAGCAUUUCCAUGUGCAAACUUGUGCAUUGUCAAAUGUCAUCCCCAGCUUUUUGUUGGGCUGAAAUAUAUUCCCAUCUCAGUUUAAAGCUCAUAAUUUUUUUUUUGUUGUCUCAGAUGUUUUUUUAAUUGCUAUUGUUAUCAUCAUUAUUAUUAAUAGUAUCCACAUUCCAAAUAAGGUAGUGACUUUAAUGCUGGAUGUACAAGUUUGAGUGAAAACAGACCAUAUUAAUGAUACAA